UGGUCGUGCUGUAAACGUAAGCCGCUUUCAAAUGUGUGUUUACGUUUUAAAAUACUCAUAAUGAACCUGAUUUUUGAUUGAACACACUAAUUAGAGACCGUGCUGAACGUUAGGAAGUGCAAAUUUAUCAAAAUCUACGAAAAAUUGGUGGAAAAACGGCGUAAUUAUAAAAUGGUAAUGAGGCAUAUUAGCUAGCGGGGGGAAGGGGGAGGUGGAUUUUCAUUAUUUUUGUGACAGAGCGCGGGCAUAUCCUGACCCUUAACAAAAUGGAGGAUAUCAAACAAAGAGAUUGGCAGAUUGCAAAUUAUGUAAUUUGAUGUGAAAAGCGAUAUAUGCAUUUUGGGGUUAGAAAAUUCGUAUUUUCCCUCCGGAAACACGAGGUCAGAUGACACUGACCAUUGUCCACAUGUCUCAAGCGAUGUCAUUCUGACCCCUUUGCGGUUUUCAGGGGACGAUGAGGCCCCUGAAGACACCGGCAACGAGGGGGCCGGUGAUCAGGUAGACAACGAAAACGAUUCCGAGGAUGCAGCCCCUAAAGCAGAUGAAGAUGAUGACUAUGAGCCUGAGGAUGGAAGAAAAAAGAAGAAAGGUAAAAAGAGGAAAGCAAAAGGAGAAGAAAAGAGAGCAAAGAGGAAAAAGAAGAAAAAGAAAAAUGAUAGUGGAGAGGAAAGUGACUAUGCUGAAGAAGAAAAUGCUGGUAAUGACUCGGAUUAUGUGGCUAGUAGCAGCAAGAGAGGAAGAAAAAAGGGAUCUACUAAACAUCAAUCUACACCAUCAACACCUGUUCCAAGUGAAUCGUCAGGUGGUGGAGCAGGCAUGCCAACGAUCGAGGAAGUUUGCUCGACAUUCGGCUUAACAGACGUCGAACUCGACUACAACGAUACCGAGUUCCAGAACCUGACCAGUUACAAGUUAUUCCAGCAGUACGUGAGACCACUUCUGGCCAAGGAGAACCCGAAAGUGCCGAUGUCCAAACUUAUGAUGCUGGUCGCGGCGAAAUGGAGAGAGUUCUCCAACCAGAAUCCUAAUCUGCAGUCCGAGAACGCCGAAUCGUCGUCGUCGGCCGCGCCGUCGGAGGAAACGCCGAGAAGGCCUAGGGCUUCCAAGGAGGCUGCCGCAAAAAUUGUGGAGGCUGAAUCUGAACCUUAUGAUGAAGAUGAAGAAGAUGAGGAAGACGAGGAAGAGGAAAAACAAAAGAAGAAACGAGGACCUAAAGGGAAAAGAGGAAGAAAGGCGUCCAAAGUACCUACUCUCAAGAUCAAGCUUGGGAAAAGGAAACGCGGCAGUUCGGACGAAGAGGCAGACGCUAGCCCCGCGGGAGGCUCCGACAGGGACUCCGAUGCAGAAUUUGAACAGAUGCUUCAGGAAGCUGAAGAUAAAGAAAAGAAAAGCAAGGAAGCUGCAGCAGAAGCUGAAGGCGAGGAUGAACCUCCGGCGCCAAGGAGGAAGGCGAAGACCAAAUUUGGAAGCAAAACCAAAAGAAGGAGGAAGCCAAAGAGCGGCAAGAACGAAGAGGAACCCUACGAACACCAAGAUUACUGUGAAGUAUGUCAACAAGGUGGGGAGAUUAUCCUCUGCGACACCUGUCCGAGAGCCUACCAUCUUGUAUGUCUCGAGCCAGAAUUGGAGGAAACACCCGAAGGUAAAUGGAGCUGUCCUCAUUGCGAAAAUGAGGGAGCUCAGGACCAGGAUGAUGACGAACAUCAAGAAUUUUGCAGGGUGUGCAAAGACGGAGGAGAGUUACUUUGCUGCGAUUCGUGUACUUCUGCGUAUCACACACAUUGUCUGAACCCACCUUUGACAGAUAUCCCUGACGGAGACUGGAAGUGCCCCAGAUGCGGAUGCCCUCCUCUUAUCGGCAAGGUGGCCAAAAUUUUGACGUGGAAGUGGGUGGAAGAUGAACCGAAAAAGAAAGACAAAGAAGAAAAUGCAAAGAAAACACGUCACAGGGAAUUCUUCGUAAAAUGGCACGAGCUAUCCUAUUGGCACUGCAGCUGGAUCACCGAAUUGCAACUGGACGUCUACCAUCCGUUGAUGUUCCGUAGUUAUACGAGAAAGUACGACAUGGAGGAACCACCGAAAAUGGAGGAGCCACUUGACGAAGCGGAUUCCAGAAGUACCAGGUUGCUUAAAAUGGGCGGAAAUAUGAACGAUGAAGAGCUGGAAGAGAAGUUCUACAAGUACGGCGUGAAACCGGAAUGGCUGAUCCCUCACCGCGUGAUCAACCACCGCACGAUGCGGGACGGUCGUACCUUGUAUCUUGUCAAAUGGCGCGAACUGACGUACGACCAGGCCACGUGGGAGGAAGACACCGACGAAAUCGUCGGCCUGAAACAGGCCGUCGAGUACUAUAUGGACCUGAGGAGUGCUUGUAUCAGCGGGUCAGCCGGUACUAAGGCCAGAAAGGGCAAAGGCAAACGGUUGGGGAAGGUGAAGGAGUUGGCUGACGAUGACGAGAAGCCGCCCCGACGUUACACGCCUCCCCCAGAAAAACCCAUCAGCGACCUGAAGAAAAAGCUGGACAAACAACCGAGCUACCUGGACGAACUCGGGCAACUGCACGAGUACCAAUUGGAAGGUCUGAACUGGUUGAGGUACUCGUGGGCAAACGGCAUAGACACCAUCCUGGCCGACGAGAUGGGUCUGGGCAAGACCAUCCAGACCAUCGUGUUUUUGUAUUCGCUCUAUAAGGAAGGACAUUGCAAGGGCCCGUUUUUGAUCAGCGUACCUCUGUCCACCAUCAUCAAUUGGGAGAGAGAGUUUGAAACCUGGGCGCCAGAUUUCUACUGCAUCACUUAUGUUGGUGACAAGGACUGCAGAGCAGUAAUCAGAGAGAACGAGCUCAGUUUCGAAGAUGGAGCCGUGAGUAGAGGCAGCAAAGCGACUAGAAUCAGAUCCAGUACGGUGAAGUUUAACGUGUUGCUGACCAGUUACGAGCUGGUUUCUAUCGAUGCGCCUUGUUUGGGUUCCAUCGAUUGGUCGGUGCUGGUCGUGGACGAAGCGCAUAGGCUAAAGAGUAACCAGUCUAAGUUCUUCAAAAUUCUGAACAGCUACAACAUCGCUUACAAACUCCUCCUAACCGGCACGCCGUUGCAAAACAACCUCGAGGAGUUGUUCCAUCUGCUGAACUUCCUGAACGGUCAGAAGUUCAACGACCUGGCAGCCUUCCAGGCGGAAUUCGCAGACAUUUCGAAGGAAGACCAAGUGAAAAAGUUGCACGAAAUGUUGGGACCGCACAUGUUGCGUCGUCUGAAAGCGGACGUGUUGAAAAACAUGCCGUCAAAGUCGGAGUUUAUCGUUCGAGUGGAAUUGUCGCCGAUGCAGAAGAAAUAUUACAAGUAUAUUCUGACGAGGAACUUCGAGGCGUUGAAUCCUAAAGGUGGUGGACAACAGGUGUCCCUAUUGAACAUCAUGAUGGACUUGAAGAAAUGCUGCAACCAUCCUUACUUAUUCCCGGCGGCUGCAGAAGAGGCGCCAGUCGGUGCUCACGGUGGUUGGGACGUUAGCCAUUUAACAAAAGCCUCAGGAAAGCUGGUGUUGCUCCAGAAAAUGCUGAAAAGGCUGAGGGAUCAGGGCCACAGGGUGUUGAUAUUCUCGCAGAUGACAAAGAUGUUGGAUAUCUUGGAGGAUUUCUUGGACGGGGAAGGGUACAAGUACGAGAGAAUCGACGGUGCUAUUACUGGUAAUCAUCGACAAGAGGCCAUCGACAGAUUCAACGCCCCAGGUGCUCAACAGUUUGUGUUUUUGCUGUCAACCAGAGCCGGCGGUCUGGGUAUCAAUCUUGCGACAGCUGAUACCGUUAUCAUCUACGAUUCUGACUGGAAUCCCCACAAUGAUAUUCAGGCGUUCUCUAGAGCUCAUCGAAUCGGACAGUCUAACAAGGUAAUGAUAUAUCGGUUUGUAACAAGAAACAGCGUGGAAGAAAGAGUCACUCAAGUGGCGAAAAGGAAAAUGAUGUUGACUCACUUAGUCGUCAGACCUGGUAUGGGAGGGAAAGGCGCAAAUUUCACCAAACAGGAGUUGGACGACAUUUUGAGGUUCGGUACAGAGGAGCUUUUCAAAGAGAAUGAAGGCAAGGAAGACGAAGCAAUCCACUACGACGAAAAAGCUGUAGACGAACUCUUGGACCGCAGCAAAGAGGGUAUCGAACAGAAAGAAUCGUGGGCGAACGAGUACCUUAGCAGUUUCAAAGUGGCCUCGUACCAGACCAAAGAGGGUGAAACGGAGGAAGAAGUCGAUACCGAGAUUAUCAAACAGGAAGCCGAGAACACCGACCCCGCUUACUGGAUCAAACUGCUGAGGCACCAUUACGAACAGCAACAGGAGGAUAUCGCGAGGACGUUAGGAAAAGGCAAGCGUGUCAGGAAGCAAGUGAACUACAACGACGGAGGAAUGACCACCGAAUCGCGGGAAGAUACAACAUGGCAGGAGAAUCUCUCGGAUCACUAUUCGGACUUUUCGGCGGGGUCAGACGAAGACAAGGAGGACGAUGACUUCGACGAGAAGAACGACGGUGAUCUGAACCGGAGGAGCCGUCGGAAGAUGGAACGUCGCGAUGAAAAAGACAGACCUUUACCGCCGCUGUUGGCUCGCGUGGGCGGCAAUAUUGAAGUGCUGGGAUUCAACGCUAGGCAGAGAAAGGCGUUCCUGAACGCUAUCAUGCGAUACGGUAUGCCGCCGCAGGACGCGUUCAACUCGCAGUGGCUCGUCAGAGAUUUGAGAGGAAAGUCGGAGAAGAAUUUCAAGGCGUACGUUUCAUUGUUCAUGCGUCACUUGUGCGAACCUGGAGCGGACAACGCUGAAACGUUCGCUGACGGUGUUCCAAGAGAAGGCCUGAGCAGGCAGCACGUCCUCACUAGGAUCGGUGUGAUGAGCCUUAUCAGAAAGAAGGUGCAGGAGUUCGAGCACAUCAAUGGCGAGUACAGCAUGCCAGAGGUAAUCAAGAAAACUAUAAUGGAACAGAACAAAAUCAGCAGCUCCACGCCUACCACAGAAGUAGAAACUCCGAAAAGUGCUACCACGAGUACUAGCGCUACACCUGCUACUAGUGCAGCCCCCAGUCCUGCGCCUACACAGGUCGAUAUAGAUAAGGAUACCGAAAAACAGGAAGUAAAGGAAUCGAAAACGGAAUCUGAAGAAGGUGAAGAUAAAGAGAAAGAAAAGGAGAAAUCAGAAGAAGCGAAAGACGCGACUCCUAAAACAGAAUCUACAGAAGGCGAGGAAGCUAAGACAGAGGUUAAGGCUGAAGAUUCCGACGUGAAAUCCGAAGAAACUAAGGAAGAGAAGCCCGAGGCCAAGAAGGGAGAUGACGAGGAGAAGAAACCUGAGAAGACUGAGGAGCCCGAGAAAGAAGAGCCUAAGAAGGAAGAGGAAGAGAAAAAAGAAGAAAAGCCGAAGGUUGAAAAGAAAGAGGACGACGACAUCGUCUUGAUUGAGGGUGAUGAUAAGAAGGACAAAAAAGAUUCGGAUAGCUCCUCAACAAUCUCGGACGCCUCUAAGAAACGGUUCAUGUUCAAUAUCGCCGACGGCGGUUUCACAGAGUUGCACACCUUGUGGCUGAAUGAAGAAAAGGCUGCCACUCCCGGUAGAGAGUACGAGAUCUGGCAUCGUAGGCACGAUUAUUGGUUAUUGGCAGGUAUUGUGACGCACGGGUACGGACGCUGGCAAGACAUCCAAGCAGAUGCCAGAUUCGCUAUCAUCAACGAGCCAUUCAAAAUGGACGUUGGCAAAGGGAAUUUCCUCGAAAUCAAGAAUAAGUUCUUGGCUAGAAGAUUCAAGCUUCUGGAGCAGGCAUUGGUGAUUGAAGAACAACUCAGGCGUGCAGCAUAUCUCAAUCUUACACAGGAUCCUAACCAUCCUGCAAUGUCGCUCAAUGCUAGAUUUGCAGAGGUGGAAUGCUUAGCGGAAUCCCACCAACACCUCAGCAAGGAGUCGCUGGCUGGCAACAAACCUGCGAAUGCCGUUCUGCACAAGGUGCUCAAUCAGCUCGAAGAGCUUCUGUCAGACAUGAAGAGUGACGUGUCCAGACUGCCUGCCACGUUGGCUCGUAUCCCGCCUGUGGCUCAAAGACUGCAGAUGUCGGAGCGGAGCAUUUUGUCGAGGUUGGCGGCAACUUCCAGUUCUAACACACAAGCGACAACUGCUGUGAUGAGCCAGUUCCCUCCUGGUUUCAACGCCGGCAAUUUGCCAGGUUUCGCGGCUGCCGCUGCAAACUUCUCGAACUUCAGGCCACAGUAUUCGGUGCCUGGACAACCACCUGCAGGUUUCCCAUCAUAAUGAAAAUGUGUUGUAUCUUGAUCUACAAACGCAAAAGUGGUUUCAUUUCCUUGCUCACGUUCGACUUAUUCGUUCGUUCGGUGUCCUUACACGGUUUCGUUAGUUUGAUACACGAAAAAAUCUAGUAUGAACUUAAUUUAUUGAUAAGCAUUAUGUGUUUUCAUGCCAGCAACAAUUCUUUCGCUCUUUUAAAUUGUGAUCUUUUCUAUUUUAUUUGGCAUGUGAGAACACAGAAUGCCUCUUUAAGGUAGCAAAAUAGCAAUAGUAUCCAGGAGUUUGUUAUUAAUUAAAAGGCCGUUGUAAUUGAUUACGUGAUCAUUUUAUAAAUUGAUGUUUACUAUUCCUUUAGUAAACGUAAUAGAAAUAUUUUUUUUCUCAAUACCUCAUUCCUUCCUUUCCUUACCUACCUAAAAAAUACUGGCGACUUUCAAU